AUGACUCAACCUCUCGCGGAAUUUAUAGCAUCUGUAAGGCUUGCAGAUAGUAUCGAGCACGAGAGAUUUUUAAUUAAUAGCGAACAAGCUGAUAUUAGAAAUUAUAUUCGCGAAUGUGAUCCAAUCCUCAGGCCAAGAAUCGUUUCUAAAAUGAUAUUCCUUGCUACAUUAGGUGAGACAGUUGCAUACGGUCAAAUGGAAGUACUCACAUUAAUGAGCAACGACGUUUUCAGUUAUAAAAGAAUUGGAUAUAUCGCUGCAGCAACAAUGCUUGAUGAGGCUUCAGAAUUGACAGUAUUAAUUACACACACAAUCACAAAAGAUCUUCAAUCUCCAGAUUUUCGCAUACAAUGCCUUGCUCUUACAUUACUUGCAAAUAUCGGCUCUGCAGAAAUGUGCAGAUCAGUUACAACAGAAGUACAGAAGCUUAUCGAUUCACCAGAGCCAGCCGUUAUGAAGCGUGCUGCAAUGGCUGCUUGUAGAAUCGUCGAACGCGUUCCUGAGCUUGCCGAAAACUUCAAGCAAUCAGUCCAACACCUCCUUAAGCACGGAUCCCAUGGUGUCGUCAUUUCAGCUAUCAAUCUUAUGUCUCAUAUCAUCUUAACAGACCCAUCUUUCAUUCCAGGAUGGGAGAAAUAUGCUCCAGCAUUUACAAAGAUUUUAAAGCAGCUUAAUAGCUCGAAAGCAAGCCGCGAAUUCUCAUUUACAGUUUUCAAUGAUCCAUUUUUACAAAUUCGUAUAAUGAAAGUCCUCGCAAUCCUCAAGAAGCCAAGCGAUGACUUGGAUGAUACAUUAGAAGCAAUCGCUACCGGUGUAGAACUCAAGAGAAACACAGGACGAGCAUUACUUUACCAAGCUGUCGAAACUAUCGUUGCUACAGCCAAGAAACCAUCGCUUAGAGGUCUGGCCUUCGCACAGAUUGGCCGUCUCUUCCAAUUUAAGGAGGCAAACGUUUUAUAUUCCGCUCUUUCAGUUUUCUCUCGCGUUCUUUACCAAGGCCGUGAAAUUAUCGAUCGUACAUCAGGAGAUUCAAUCGCUUUACAACGUUACAAGACACAAGUUGUCCAAUGCUUGAAUCACCGCGAUCCAUCCAUCCGCCGCAGAGCUUUGGACGUUGUUUCCGCACUUGUCGACGAGAAGAACGUGGAAACUCUCAUCCCAGAGGUCUUGGACUACGUAAAACUCGCAGAUUCAGAAUUCAGAGCAGAAUUGGUCGCAAAAAUUUUCACAGCCGUUCAGAGAUUCGCGCCUAACCCGAUAUGGAACUUCGAUACAAUCCACCGCAUUCUUAUUGAUAGCGGAAAUUACGUUGGAGCAGAUAUCAUCACUUCCAUCGGUCGUUUGCUUAUACAUACACCGUCAUUACAACCACAUGCUGUUCGCCAGCUCGGUGGCUCUCUAAUGAACUUCUCCGACAACCAAACUUUGAUUCAAGUAUCAGCUUGGGUUAUCGGCGAGUUUUCUACAACAGACGAUGGCAGCUACGAGAACUUGAAGCAGAUUAUGGGCCUUCCUCAGACAACAGACCAGACAAAAGGUUAUAUUAUUACAGCUCUCUCAAAACUCUCAGUCAGAUUCAAUAAGAAACAAGAGACAAUCGAUUUCUUACAGACAUUGAGCAAUUCUACAAACUCGGAUGUCCAACAACGCGCAGGAGAAAUGUCACUUUUACUUGGAAACGAAGAUUUAUGCGAUGAAGUAUUAGCUCCAGUCGAAACUGUUGCAGAAGAAGGUGCUGCAAUCAUUGUUGACUCGCAGACUGGUGCGGAUAAGGAUGAAGACUUACUUAUCGAUAUCACAGGAACAUCACAGCCAAAACAAUCAGCUCCAGCUGCUGCAAAUCCAAUCGACCAAUUACUUGGAAUGGCUCCAUCACAGCCAAACAAACCUUCUCAAAAUUUGAAUACUUCUACUUCCCUGGUGAACCAAACCUCUCAAAAUCCUGCUCCACAAGUACAAGCAAAGCCUGCACCAAAGCCAAAUCCAGGAGCAGUUGAGGCAUUGAGGAAGACAGACUAUGUUAUCUAUUUCGAACUCAGAGCAAACCCGCAGAAUCCAAAGCAGCUCGCUAUUAGAGCUUCUAUUUUCGGAUUAGGAAAUCAGACACUGUCUAACUUCGCUGUGAAGUACGGUGUACCUAUUGGCUGGCAAUUGCAGGCAGCACAGCCAAGCGGAAACAAACUUGACCCAGUCGGCGGAAAUCCAAUUGUUCAGAACAUUAUGCUCAACAACACAGGAAAUUCUAAACUACAGAUGAAGGUCCAGAUCCAGUAUUUGUAUGGUUCUCAACCAAUCUCCGAAGUUGGUGAAGUUAAUAGUCAAAUCUUCGGUGCUUGA